UUAAUAGCAUCACUUUUGGCUCUUUUCCUCAUUUUUGCUCUUCAAUUGUCUAAAAUAUUUCAACUUGUUUUGUAAAUGUUCAUUUGGUAAUAUUUUUUAAUAAUAAUAUAACAAUAUUUUAUACAUAUAAUAUUAUAUAUAUAUAUAUAUAUAAUAUUUUUUAAUAAUAAUAUUUUUUAUAAUAUUUUUUUUCCUCAAUUUUCAUAUUUUGACUUUAUUCUCAAUCACAGCUAUUUCUUUCUAUUUCUAAUGUUUUUCUUUAUUUUCAUAAUAUUUUGCCUUUAUUCUUGUGACAGUAUAACUUUUUUACCGACCUAAUUUUCCCCCAUAAAGUCAUUUUUUAAAAAACUAUUUCAACAUUAUGCUAGAAAAAUUAUUUUCCUUUAUACUAUGCUGUUAUUCUGGGAAAAUAACUUUUUUCUUAUAAUUCUAACUAUACUUCAUUUUUGCUCUUCAAUUGUCUAAAAUAUUUCAACUUGUUUUGUAAAUGUUCACCUGGUAAUAUUUUUUAAUAAUGUUAUAAUAAUAUUGUGUAUAUAUAUAAUAUUUUUUAUUAAUAAUAUUUUUUUACAAUAUUUUUUUAUUUUAAUUUUUCCUCAAUUUCCUCCAACCUUUUCGUCUUCAUAUUUUGACUUUAUUCUCAAUCACAGCUAUUUAUUUCUACUUCUGAUGUUUUUCUUUAUUUUCAUAAUAUUUUGCCUUUAUUUUUGUGACAGUAUAACUUUUUUACCGACCUAAUUUUCCCCAAUAAAGUCAUUUUUUUAACAUUUUUUUAAAUUAUUUUCCCUCAUACUAUGCCGUUAUUCUUGGAAAAUAACAACUUUUUUAUUAAUUUAUUAAAAAUUUUAUUAAAACAUUUCCCCAACGUAGCACACUUACCAAACCAGCACAAUGUGCGAUUGUGGGAGGCCUAAAAUUAAGAUUUAUUUAUAUUUAAAUACCCACUAAAGUAUUGUUGACUACAUAUGCUUUUGAAUGUGAAAGGCACGGAUCCCCCCCUGCUACGUGUUCUUCUUCUGCGGCAAUACGAGGUGUGUUAUGAACCAUCUCCUUUAUACCGCUGUACCCAUGACCUCCAUUCCCCUGUCACGCCUUUCCGGUCCAAACUGUCACAGAAGCUCGCGUGUCAUUUAAACACGCGUGACCGUCCAUCAGCACCGCCACCGUUUUUUCUAACGUCUCUUGGAACGUUUCCAAGCAUCUCGUACGGGCGGUUUGCUCACUUUCCUCACAUUCCAAUCCAGUUCUUCCACUUCCUUCGGAGCCUCGUUCUAUCCUACAACGUGGAACGUCCCAAAGCUGUAAAUCUUACAAACACACUUGUACGGUUUUUAUUUCUGUGAAAUAUGAAACUUGUUUAGGUACGCUUCGAUGCUUGGUAGCGCUACAUGCUACAUACAUGCCGUCUCCUUCUGACCUGAAUUAUGCAAUCUGCAGCUAUGCAAGGCAGGCGCACGAUGCCCGGCGUGGAGAGUUUCGGUUGAGUGUCUUCCAAUCGUUGUCAUUGUCAUGCAUACCGAUACCUUCACGGACUAGACGACUCGUUCUGUUAUGAAAACACAAACAGGAAAUGUGCUGACUAACAAAAAAAAACGAGAUGGGUUUAGACUGUCAGAUGGGAUUUAACAGGCUUGCCCUGCAAGUCACCAUAUGUCAGGGAGGUAGUCUCUCUCUCUCUCUUUCUCUCUCUCUCACCCCCCCCCCCCCCCCCCCCCCCCCACACACACACGGAGGGUGGAUUAGCCCAGUGCUGCUGAAGAUCUGCUUGGGAUGUCUCACACUUCGGACUGACAAGGAAAGCCAAGCCAUCGGAGCCAAAAUGGAGGGUCAUCAGGUGAUCGCCAUGUGGCAAAAAGCCCAAGUCUUCUACCAGGGAAUUCUGGACAAUGGAGAUAAGAGGACAGAUAACUGGCUGCUGGUCUACUCCCCUGCACCCAUCAGCGCUAUCUUCCUGUGCUACCUGCUGCUUAUAUGGGCGGGGCCAAAGCUGAUGGCAAACAGGCAACCGGUCAACCUCAAGCUGGUCUUGAUCCUUUACAAUUCGGCUAUGGUCUGCCUGUCUGCAUACAUGUUCCACGAGUUCACAGCAGCUUCCUGGUUGUCCAGAUACAGUCUUCUGUGCCAGCCGGUCGACUACAGUGAAAGUCCGUUGGCUAUGAGGAUGGCCAGAGUGUGCUGGUGGUUUUACUUCUCCAAAGUGGUGGAGCUGAGCGACACAAUGUUUUUCAUUCUGAGGAAAAAGAACAACCAGCUGACCUUCCUGCAUGUCUACCAUCACACCACCAUGAUCUUUAACUGGUGGGCAGGGGUCAAAUACGUGGCCGGGGGCCAGUCGUUCCUGAUUGGCCUGAUCAACUCCUUGGUUCACGUGGUGAUGUACCUCUACUACGCUCUCGCAGCGCUGGGACCAAGUAUGACAAAGUACCUGUGGUGGAAACGCUACCUCACCAUCCUGCAGCUGGUUCAAUUCUUCAUCGUAAGCAUCCACACGGCAUACAACCUGUUUGCCGACUGUGACUUCCCGGACACCAUGAACAUGGUUGUGUUGGCGUACUCUUUCAGCCUCAUCGUCCUCUUCGCUCAUUUCUACUCCCGCAGUUACCUCACGUCCAAGAAGACCGCAUAGACACCCCGCACGUGACAAUAAGGGGUGGGGAAAAAAUGGGGCAAAUUUGUGGUAGAAACGUUGCAAAGUGGAGGAUGCGGUGCAUUGCUUUCAUGAAGUGGAUAAAAUCAUGAAAUAUGUCUGCUAGAUUCAGUUUGGACACCACAAAGCAUGGAAUAAUCACUUGAAGACAAGAUUAUCAGUGAAGCAUAAAGACAGAAAUGUGUAGUAAAAAAAAGUUUUAAAAAAAUAUUUUCAAUAAUUUUUGAAUUCACAAGAAAAAAGUCGGAAAUUUAUGACUUUUUUUUCCAUCAACUUUAUUUUGGUAAAAUUUUUCCGCCCCUUUUUCCUGCUAAAUUAACGGCUUUAUCUUUGUAAAUGUACUACUUUUUUGUAUCACAACUUUGACUUUUUUCUGUAAAUUUAUGACCUUAUUCUAAUAAACUUACAUUUUUUUCUCUUA